AUGGCGAGGCCGAGAGCUACCACCAACGCAGCCUCCUCCAAGCCGAAGCCGAAGGCCAAGCCCAGCUGCCCAGGUCCAGGGCCAAGCUUAAGCUUCCGCCUCUCGCCCUCGUCUCCGCCGGCGAAACCCGGGACCAGGAAUUCUACGCCCCUCGUCUCCCCCGCUGCCACGUCCACCAUCGGAGACCUGAGGAGCCUCGCCGCGUCCCACCUCGACUCCCUGAAGCGCCGCCUCGACGCGCUCCACGGCGACUGCGUCCGCGACCUCGAGGCCUCCCACUCCCGCAUUUCCAAGCGCGUCAAGAUGCAGUCCCAUGGCUGCCUGCAGCUGGCGGAGGAAGUGGAGAAGGAGCAGAAGAAGAUGGCCGACAAGAUCGCCGAGCAUGCCGAGUUGGUGAAGACCUCGUACAAGAAGUUCGUGGCUGAGGUGCAGGCAUCCACAUCUCGUGGUACUUUGCAGACGGAAACAACAUAUUAUCUGAAUUUCAGUUCAGUUCCAUGUGUUUCUCUCCAACAAACAUGUUUUGUUCUAACUUUGGUGGUGGCGACCAGUGUGCAAGUAGUCAAUCCCUACCUGGCUGAUGCUUGUUUGUUUAUUCUUGAUCAGGUGCCGUUAUCCACAUCAAUUGAGAUCGACCCAAACCAUUGGACGAAGAGGAGGGAGGGGGGCGGCGAGGUGAGGGUUAUUCUGGUUGGGCCAGCAAAUCUUGGGGACUCCACCGACCUCUCCAUGGGCAGCUUCCGUGUCGCCAGCUGGGCAUGGGCUGCUGCCGCCACUGCCGCUGCAACUGCCACGGGGCACCGCUGGCCUGCCCCUGCAUGGCAGCGUCCUCCCUCAGUGCGGGCAGCUCCUGGUCGACAUGGAGCACAAGUGGUUCUAGGACUGCCACAUCGGUGGCAGGGUGAGGGAUUGCACCAGGGAGAUGGAGGUGGUGGUGCAUGUCAUGCAGAUAUGGAUCACUUGGACGAGCAUGACAGUGAUGACAUGAAAGUAGGGGCAGCUUCUGAUGGCCCCUCCAGACUCAGAAAGAAGAGGUCCAAGGUUUGGGACGAAUACAAGCCCAUCAUAGUAGAUGGAGCAAUUCAGAGCGCGGAAUGUCGCUACUGCCAUAUUCACAUGAGUUGCAGAGGUGCUGAUGGUCAAUCCAAUGGGACAAGUCAUUUGUGGCGACACCAGAAAAUUUGCCGAGCAAAAGAUGGGUUUUGUCCAAGCCCACUUCAACAGGACACAGACUUGCCAUAUGUGGUGAAUGAAGUAGAGCCGGUGGACCAAAUUCUUCCAGAUUCACUUGAUGAGAUAAAGUUGUUGACUCAUAGUGAGAAUAGCAAAUUCAGGUCAAAGGUCUGGAAGGAUUUUAUACCAUUCUAUGUUCAAGGGAGAGUCCAGGGUGCUGACUGUGUCCAUUGCCACAAGCGACUCAGUGCAGAUAAAGGUAGAAGCCAUUUGAAUCGGCAUACUCAGACUUGUCCAGCACGGAGUGGAAAUAACAUAAAUCAUCAGAAAGGUGUGUUGUUCCAGUCCAGUAUACCGAGUUCUAAAUCUAGCCUUCAAGAUGAGCUUUCACCUGCAUUGACAAAUGGCAAAGUUCAGAUUGCAGAAUAUGCUAGUAAGUUCCUCAAAGGCAGCUCAGGCGAACGUCAUGUUCUAGCUUUACCAGCAAUGGAUGAUAUGAAUCCCUCAGAGCAAAAUACCUCAUCAGCUCAGACUGCUACUGAUAUAACCAGGAAACCUGACCAAGAAGCAUCUUAUCAAGAGUUAACUAGAAUGAUUAUUUCACAUGGCUAUCCCUUGUCGAUUGUCGAGCAUGAAGAAAUGAGAAGGUUUGCAAAGAGCCUAAACCCUGCAUUUAACAUGGCUUCAAGCAUUGAUAUAGAAGAGUAUUCAACUCUUUUGUUUCAGAAAGAAAAGGCUGACCUUAAGGAAAGAAUUGCACUCUUGUCCCAUCGGGUUUCCUUGUCAGCAAGUGUUUGGGCUCCUCAUGGAGCUGAGGCCUUAGUGAAGUAUCUCUGUUUGGCAGUGCAUUUUAUUGAUUCUGACUGGAAACUUCAAAGGAAAACCAUCAAAUUUGGUGUGUUUUGGUCCUCACCUACUAGUUUGGAAAGGAUGAUACAGUUUAAGGAGGCCUGUGUGCUAGAUUCUGAUAUUGGACCAUUUAAUGUCAUACAGGAAGCUAUAAGAGAUUGGAAUCUUGAUCAGAAGCAUUUCAGCUUGACAUCUGGCAGUGAAAUUAGAAAUGACGAGGGAACCUCAAAGCUGAUGGACUUGCUCAUCCAAAGGAAAUGCCUUCCUAUUAGAGGUGAGCUAUACAAUAUCGCUUGUGUGAAUGAUGUGCUUAACAGCAUUGUCUCAAAAGGGCAACCAGUGCUUUAUCAUGUUGGUAACCUACUAGAGAAAUUUAUUCAGGCACAUAUGUCCUCAUCUCUGACUCGACAGCAACUUCUAGAAGUUGUUUCACAUAUGGGAUUGAAGUGCCCACAGGAAGAUGCUAAAUGGUGGCACAGAAUUUACUUUAGGCUUGAAAUUCUUCUGCAUUUCAAGAAGGCAUUUCCCUCUGAAGAAUUGUUAUCUGCAGAAGAUAACAAAACUGUUGAGUCUGUUUGCAGGAUACUCAGGGCUUUUUAUCGUGCUGUUGAAGUGAUUUGUGGUCCUGUUUGCCCCACAGCAAAUAUGUACUUCAAUGAACUGUGGAAAGUUAGAACAGCUUUGCAAGAAGAAGCAUCAACUGAUCACACUGAACUUGCUAACAUGGUUUGGGAGAUGCAGGAAGCAUUCAAUGAGCAUUGGCAAAAUUCAUAUGUGUGGCUGUCGAUACCUGUUGUUCUUGACCCCAGAUUCAAAAUUACUUUUAUUGAGUUCCGGUUAAAGCGAGCUUUUGGUACCGAUGCAGAAAAGUAUGUAUCUGCCAUUCGUGAUACAACAAGGGAGCUGUUCCAUGAAUAUUGUGGUCUUUCAGAUAACUUGGGUGCCGAUACAUCAGCUCGUGAUGUUGAGUUGGAUGGAUUUGACAGUGAUUCAUUGGAAGAUUGGGAUGAGCAUCUUAAUGCACAGACAAGGAACCAACAAUUGACAGAACUUGACAACUACCUUGAAGAUUGUCUUGUCCCAAGGAAGGAUGAUUUUGAUAUUCUGAACUGGUGGAUGAGUAAUUCUACAAAGUAUCCAACCCUUUCAGUUAUGGCACGUGAUGUCCUGGCAGUUCCAGCUUCUGCUGUUAAUUUUGAGCCCGCGUUAAGCGGUGAGAUCAGAAGAUCACAAGCAGUUCAUAACCAUAGUGCUUCUAACCUGGGAAUACAGGAUGAUAUCGCGAGUACACCGCCCAUUUUAUUGUGCUGUAUAUCAGACAUCUCGCAGCCACUGGUAUCUGGGGCAGAUUAUUUGUACAGAGCCAUUGACGUGCUGCUGCCUGAUUGA